AUGGCUUCCUCUAAUCCUGAAACCAAAGACAAUGUCUACUAUGAAAUACCAUCGGUAAUUCCACCUGUAUUACCGAGAUCACCCAUUCCAAAGAAACCCUUAAGGAAUGCAGCCACAAAGAAGAUUUACAGCAAAGAUGCUCUUGGCAAUCAUCCCCUACAACAUGUAUCCUCUAACAGACGAAUGGAAGACCUGGAUGACGAGGAGUAUGGAUAUACAACUGGUGGUGCCAAAUGCAAUAAACAGAAAAAAAAGAAAAUUAGUUCAGAGAAAAUGUUUUUGGAUGCACAAAAUCUUGUUCCGUACAGAAAAGACAAUCACAAUCCUGUGAUCAGCAGAUUUUUCUUCUCCCCUAAAGGUAACUACGAAAUACCUGUUGCCAAGGUAUGCCAAGAAAUGGACAACCUACAGGGAAAUGAUCAACAGGAUCUGAAGAAGUUCAUAACUGUUCAUCUGCUUCCAAGUCUAAAGCUGGACAACAAGAUUGCUGACGUCUUUUUACUUCUCUCCUGCAAAAACAAAUAUGUAAGAAGUAUUUGUAUUCAAGAACUCACCGAAAUGAUUUUGGAUAUUGAUCAUAGGCGGUUUUCUAGAGAGGAUCUGAUGAAUCUGUAUGAAAUUGGCACCGUUCAGCUAUUUACUGCCAUAACGGAAACCAAGAAAACAUUCUCCACUUUCCAACCUUUGAUUCAACUCGGUAUUGUGUUCAAUUGCUUUAUUUAUCUAAUGGCGGUCGAAGCAAUGGACGAUUGGAUUGCGUGUGUCCGGCGUGUUAUUAGUACACUGCAAUCAAAAACUAAACGUAUCAUGGAAAGAAGUGACCCGGAUGUUCAGGUGUUUUCAAAAACAGCGAAAUGUAUAUUUGAUCUAGAAAAUAUGGACUUAGAUGACAGUUCAUUCUUAGGAGAAGAUGUGGACGAUUUUCUUCCAGAAUUCAGCAGGGAUGAUGGAGAUGUUUACAUUAAGGGACUAGCUGCUCUUUUUCAUACAGGAAAUCUGACACGGACAAAACCAGCAAAGUUAAAGGCCGGUGUAGAGAAACUGGUGGGAUUGUCUUCGUUUAUGAACGGGUCUAAUGAUGACGGAAUGGUUAAGUGGUUUCAUUGCUUGCUAGGACAGUUCGUGGUCCGUAUACUACAGAAAGAACAUCAUGACGUUAAAAAAGAUGUACUUGACCGCUGUGAAGAUCAGAUAUGUUCAAUACUGAAAAGCGACACUUUUCAAUCAGAUGGGUUUAAUUUCUCGCAUUGCUUAUUGUUCCAUCACAACGACAGAGUUCGUUCCAGGUACAAGAACAUAGCAAAGACAAAAGGUGUACAGGAAUCAAAGGCGGCAACAGAAAUCCAUAUACAAACUCUUCUAAAAAGAUUUGGUCUUAUUUUUGACACAUCAAAACCAGAGUCGAAGAUAAACAAUCUACUAGAGCGCAAACAAUGUAUAUUUAGCGAUGUAGAAGCAUCCAUAACAAUCAUUUACGAAGCUUUUCCGACGGAAUCAGCAUAUUUUAAUAUCAAUGAAAACAUCCAAAUAACAAAAGGCCCGUCUAGUAAAAGCCAAUACAGGGUAGAAAACAUGGAAAAUGAGCUCGAGGUUUUAAAGGAAUUAGAGUCUGAAGACUUUCACAAAAAUGUGGCGAGGCUUCUAGCCUUCAACCAAUCACUUCCAAGGUUUUACAUCAAAGAGAGGCUUCCAGGCGACAACUUACAGAGGCGCCUCCUGGAGGCAAGAGAAAAAGGAAAUAUAAUCCCAAUCGUUGAUCUAAUCAGGAUAAUAAUACAGGCAGUGAAAGCUGUCAUAUACGUCCACAAUCAAGGAUGUCUGCUCAGAGAUAUCACUACGGCUUCCUACGGCUGCAUGGUGUCAGAUGACGGAUAUUUUUUGAAACUGAAAAACUUUGAGAUGGCUGCAAGACCUUCGGAUAUACUGGAUGGUGGAAUAGUUUGUGGAGUCAUAGAUAUGGAUUUUAGAGGGGUUCCUAUUCGCUGGGCCGCCCCAGAGAGUCUGCUUGAGGGACAUUACAGUAUCUACAGCGAUGUCUGGUCCGUCAACAUCUUAGCAGACGAGAUCCUGAACUAUGCCGCCUGGCCAUACUCCGAUAUCAGCGACGCAGACAUAAAUGACAUGGUCACCAAUAUAGUUUUUACCCACCUUAAACCUCAGGGGUUUAACCGACCCCGUCGUGUGCAGGGGAUGAUUUUAAAGGGACUGGCUACUGUUCCUGAACAAAGACUCAAACUGGAGGCCCUAAGACAGAGAUUGCUUGAGGUCCUGGACAAUAUUGACGGGGGAGAUAUCUUCAGUCUGUAUGACACAUAUUCUGGGGUAAGCGGCUCUCAAACCAAGACAUAUGAUAUUCCUCCUCUUACAGAGCGACAGAAACAGGCCAACUCGGUGUUUGAAAGGGGAAUUCCAGCAUCGAUUCAAACAUACAGAGAGCUCGAAGAUCCUUCAACUGCAUUUUCACUGGACGUGGCAGAACACAACAGUAGACUGAAAGAACAGAUAGGACUGGAACUGAAUGAAAUUUUUUCCGAUGAAAGAAACAAAAUUAACAUCGAGAACAAAGGAAACAAUAUUAAGGUGAUGGAAAGAGUGACUGAUGAUUUUCUUAAGUUUACAUACAACAAACUGAACAAAAUUGACAGCAGUGAGAUGUGUGUAGAGCCAUGGCCACCAUCAAAAAGUGGAUCGGCAGAUGGAUAUAAACUGCACUACAGAUUCCCGAUAUCAACUCCUCUUCUUGAUGUUGUUCUUCACAAAUAUCGUGGAGAGACGAUUGGUCCUUACAUAGAGCUUCUAUAUGAAUUAGCCAAUCACGUGGACUCUUUUCAUUCAGCAGGAUGGAUAUUUCGAUGUCUUAGGGCAAGAAAUGUUUGGAUCCUGGAUUCUCAAAAAAGAAAACAAUCGAUUGUUGUACCAAAAUUCGGUAAAUACCGCAUGAUAGUAUCCUCUGAGUUUGAUGCGCACUUAGAACAAAUCAAGGUUAACAGUCAGGAGGAAAUGGAAGGUGUUCGAUGGCUUCCUAUCGAAGCAAUUAAAGCUGGCCUGUAUUCUAAAGAAAGUGAUGUGUAUGCAUUUGGCAUGCUCACGUGGGAAGUGAUGACAGCUUUUGGACAAGAGGGGGUCGUGUAUGAUCAAGAUGAGGAACGAGUGUUUUUAUGUACCCCGUUUAACUAUCAACAGUCAAAAAAUAUUCUUCAGCAUUUAAUCGAGGGAUGGAUACCAGAAAAACCAGUAAAAUGCCCGGAUUGGUUUUAUCAAGAAGUCACUAGACCGUGCCUUCUUCGACAAAAAAUUGACCGACCAUCCAUGAAAACAGUUCUACAAAUUCUUCAAACACGACUUGGCAAAACUCUUCCUGAGCAAAUCCUCAAUCUUCCCCCUUCAAAGUCAAAGGAUAUAGACGGGUAUGCUCAUAUUUAUGAUGAUUUAGUCACAAGUCCUGUACCGUCUGAUGAUGAAGACUCAUUCAAACCCGUGGAUGACGACAAGGCUUACUCUCCUGUUGUCAGGAGGAAACCCUCUCCGCCUCUGAAUAUCUACAUGGAUAUAAAUGAUCGCCAUGGCGUAGAACGCCGCAGACCACUACCACCGCUGCCACCACGUCCACAGAAACCCAGCAAGAUAGCGUCAGAUAAUGCCGACUGCUCCGUCUCGCCGGAACCUCGUAGAGACAGAGAUAAAAUACACUCACAGGAGUCUGAGGAUGACAAUAGAUAUGACACUUGUUUGUCUGCUCCUGAAAGACCACCAGUCGUACUACAUAAAAAUAAAGAGGAUUCUGCCAAUCCGUCUGAUGUUAAAUCAUGUAAACCUCUUCCUCUUCCAAUGACAACACCACGGUUCAUCGAAAAUGAAACAAAUGAUCGAGAUGUCCAAGCUCCGCCAAUAGAGCCUAUUUCUCCAAAACAGCAAAAGAAAGACGCUUUGAAUUCCGCAAAAAAAUCAUCUAAACCAGUUUUUGUUUCACCAAAUGAGAACCAGUCAGCGUCAUGUGGUCCUAAAACGAAAACAGAUCAGAGUAAUUCUUCAGAUUCUGUUUACAAAGGUUCUGACAUUUACGGAACUGUGCCAAGUGUGAUGACUGAUGACAUGAGAGAAACUAAGGGGGCAGAUUUUAACAGCUCAGAUAAUAUGUCCAUAGGUUUAGGAGAUACCCAUAAAGGAUCAGAUUUUUACAGCUCCAAUAAUUUAGGAGAUACCCAUAAAGGAUCAGACAUUGAUCGAACAGUUCGAGCCGCAAAAGACAAAAGUAUUGGUGCCGAACCAACAUCAGCAAUUAAAACAAAACCCAAAGUUUUUCCAAAACCAAAAGCAAAGCCCACUUUCUAUGUCAAUGAUCAGGAAUGGAAAUCAGACGAUAUCUCGAGCCCAGUGUACGUAAACCAGAAUCAACCUGGAACAAAACCAGCUGUACCACCCAGAAAGCCGCUCAACGAAUAGUGAUUUUAUUGCAAUAA